CCAGCGCUCUGGUAACGAAUGACGCGAAUUUGGAUCACUGGCAGGGAUCCAGGGAACCGUGUCGGGGAUCCGGCUGGCGUCCUGAGAAGAACACAAAUAUUCACGUCAACUGAAAGGAAACCACCGUCAUUUGCUCAACAAAUGGAGCUUAAAACUAGGAUUGCUAAAAUGAUCAAACAUUCGAUCCGAUCACCGAUUGGAAAAUCGAUUUUCUGAUCGUGAAACGACAUGUUAGGAAAAUAUACAGUGUUUAUAAAUAAACUGUGAUUUGUAAAGUGUCUGGGAUUAAUAAGCAAAUCAAAAUGUCGGAUCUAAACGUUCGACCCUUAUUAAGUUUGUUGGAGGCGAUGAUAGAUUUGGCCACCCCUAAAGUGAAUGUGAAGCCAGGGGGAUUCAGUGAGGAUAUAUUUAUAAACUUAACUCCGGAACAAAAAGAAGAAUUCGAAUGUUCAAUAUGCUAUCAAAUCUUAAAGGAGCCUCGAAGAUGCAGCAACAAACACAAAUACUGUUACUCGUGUAUAUUCGUGUGGUCAACGUCAGGACCUCACGGAAAUCACCGAAGAUGUCCAGUUUGUCGAACGGAAGGGUACUAUAUUAGGGAUCGUGAACUAGAGGAAAAAGUGGGAAAUCUAAAAGUGAAAUGUCAUUUAGAAACUUGCAAGUGGAGAGGGCCACUGAAAUUGCUACCUAAACACACUCACACUACAUACACACGUACUGGCCUUCCGUUCAGAAGUAGAUUCGAUGAUCACUAUCGCAGUAUGUACAGCGACAUGGAGAAUCAAGAUGACCAAUUCCCGAGGUUAGAAAAUGGUAGUCACGAAUCUGGGUCAAGACUGUCCUUACGUCCCCCGUCCACUGCAAAUCGGCUGGCCAGGAGCCGAUUGGCGGGUACUCAAACUGCUAGAGAUGCGGGCAACAGCAGCACAAGCGCAUCGCCACAACAUAGCGUUUCCGCUAUGACAACGCCGAGGACUCCACAUCCACCCACAACCCCUCGCCCAGCAGGCCAAACUGUCCGGCGGGUGCCAACUCUACCUAGUAUUAUCAAUAACAGUAGUCCAAGAGCCGCACAGGAGACGCGAUCCCACCAGCAAAGAUCGUCAGCAACCAGCGAGCGCCGUCCCCAGCCGCCACAACAGCCCAGAACGAAUGGAACUAUGUCAAGAGGAGUCCGAACUAACACAACCAACCCUGGCGUUAGCAAUGUCCGAGAAAGACUGAGGGAGAGCAGGGAACGGCUGGACAACCUAAUGACCUCAUUCUCGAACGAGCUAGAACGAGGCCGACGUGGUCUUACGGAAUUUCAGGAAACGCGUGAGCGUCGGCGGCAAGAACAAUUAGAAGAAGUGCGUGAUCUGGGUAGACGGUUGAAUUAUGUUGCAACCGAGUUGCGCAGUCUUUUAGAUCAAAGACGGCAGAUCCGCGAAGAUUUGGAAGAAAUAUCUGAUGAAUAUGCAGAUAGUUAAUCUCAUAUGCAGAUAGUUAAUAUCAUCAGAUGGAAAACUUUUUUUUAAAAGUAUUCAUUUUACCUGUGAUAAGUUUUAUUUUACCAGAAAUUGUUUUUAUUUUCACACUUAGAGUUUUUUGUUAUAUAGAAUAUGAAAAUAAAUUCACUUUUAUCAUGCGA